GUUCUCAAGAGACCUUGAUGCUAAUUGUCUUUUCUCGAAUUUUCAGAUUACCUCUAGAAAACCCUCUAGAAUCCGGCAUUUUUCAAAAACCUCCAGGAGCCCCGAAACGCUCCCCUAAAACCUCUAGAUCUGGAGGUUUACCUCUAGACCUGGCAACACUGACGCCGCGGACCUUGAAGUGCCGUUACCGCGUGGUUUUGUCGGUUGAUUGGAUUCAUUUAGGACGCUGAGUUGCUUUAUUUUGUGUUUCAUUUGGUGUUUGGAAAUAGUUAGUGAUAAUAUGGAUCAGACUGAAGCAGGGAGCAGUCAAAAUAGCUCUGCGAAGAAGAAGUCUAGGUGGUGUUUUGUCCCUGGGUGCAAGAACACGUCUGUAUCAGCACCAAAUAAAAUUUUUCUGACAGUUCCUCUGCAACUGAAGGCGAGGAGAACCUGGGCCAGGGCAGCAAGACGCAUUGAUGCGGGAAGUCUCACGUCAAGAAAUAUUUGGUUUUGCUGUGAGGAUCACUUUGAUCUGGAACAGGAUACUGAGAACUUUCAGCGGUGGAAGAUGAUGGGCGGAAACCUUCGUAUCCGGAAGGGUGCUGUUCCACACAAGUUUGCCUGUCAGCAGAAACACCCCAAGAAAGAAAGAUGGAGUUCCAUCAUGCGAGCACAGAGGAUGUUUGCAGCAGAUACAGUUGAAAUGUUUGAGGAACAAGAAGAGCAAAACGAGGCAGGGGAUCGUCAGAUGACUCCUGAGCAAGCCGAGGACCAACAGGACCACUCGGAUGAGCUGAACAAAGUCACUCAAACACCCACUGUGGAGACAAGGUCAGCUGGUACACAGGCGGUGCUGGCUAGCUGUCUCAAACAGACAGACUCCAAGGCAUCGCAAACAGAUGACCUGCCUUCUGCUGAGGACAUGGUAACCGAGACCGACGUCGAGUGUCGUGACGACGAUAGUGAUUUCUGUCCGUCGUCGGCAUCAGAUGCUGGUUCGGUAGAUGACGAGGAAUUUGACGAGCAAUAUUACGUACUGCAGAGAACGAGACUGUUGUGUGAACGGAACCCAAAGCGCUACACAGGCAUUCCCCCUGAUAUGUUUUUCAUCGUAGAUCUAUUGGCUUCCGAUCAUGUUGAGCACGACGAAACCAAAUCCCGCCUGAAGUCGCGUGACGUUUGCCUCCUAGUUCUGAUGAAGGUGAAACUCGAUCAGACCUUUGCAUUUGUAGGAGACUAUUUUGGCAUCUCUCGUGGAUAUGCAGGCAAGCUGUUUGCUAAACAUGUAGGCAGCAUAGCUGAGGGAUUGAACGAGUUCAUAUAUUGGCCAGAAGCUGCAGAUAUUAGGGCUAACCUGCCACUCGCAUUCAAGGCCAGAUUUUCUAGCACAACCUGCAUCAUUGACUGCCUGGAGAUACAAAUAGAAAAGCCAAGCGCCUCUGUCAUGCAGUCUGUCACUUACUCUUCCUACAAAGGAGCGAACACGGUCAAAUACCUUGUAUCGAUUACGCCCAAUGGUAUGGUGAACUUCGUGUCAAGUGGCUUUGGUGGGAGGGUAAGUGACAUGGCGGUGCUAAGUGAUUCAGGUUUCUUGGAGCACCUAAAGCCCGGUAUGGUGAUCAUGGCAGACCGUGGCUUCAAAAGCUUAGAGCCUUUGCUAGCUGAGAAAGGGUGCCGUUUGGUGCGUCCAGCCUCAGUCACCGGCCAGCAGGCGAUGGCCAAAGCUGAUGUCAAGUGGAGUAAACAGGUGGCCAGUCUGCGUAUUCACGUGGAACGUGCUAUAAGGCGUGUGCGAGAGUUUAGCAUGCUUAGGCCCCAUGCCUGCAUUGAACGACCUCUACUGGGGGUACUUGAUGACUGCAUCACCGUCGCCUGCGCUCUUAUCAACGUGCAGCCACCCCUGAUCAAAGUGUGAUGGCUCAAGCUGGCCAGAGUGAACUUUGUACCAUAUGUGUGUGUACGUCGCGUUCGUGCAGAUUUGGACAUGGGAUGGUGGGCAGAUCGGUGACUGUAUACGUGUGCAACCUACGUCACAAGCAACAUCGCAAAUACAAAUAUAUGGCCUGAGCAGUAUUGUGUAUUGACAGUUCAAGUGAUAAAGAUGAGAGCGAACACACCUCACAGUCGGUACAAACUACAAACGGUAAAACCAUCAAAUACUGACAAUGCUUUGACAGACAAUAGUAACUCAGAAGUGCACACGCACGCACUGCGCCAAAACCUGGCAGGCUCACGUCUGGCGCCGCUGCAACGCGCCCGGCCCCGAAACCAGGUCCGAAGGCGUAAGCACGCGCAGCACGAUUUUUCUACCGGGCCCUGACACUGGUACCCUCGCGCGCGAGACAACCAUCACUCCAUCACUCGAGGCCGUCCCUCGCCCCGCUCCGGAAACGGAGCCUGCCGCUGGCGCUAGUGCGCGCGCCGCUGGCAUCCCCGCGCGCGAGACGAACAUCACUCCAUCACCUCGCCCGGCUCCGGAACUGGAGCCUGCCGCUGGCGCUACUGCGCGCGCCGCUGGCACACCCGCGCGCGAGACGACCAUCACUCCAUCACUCGAGGCCGUUCCUCGCCCGGCUCCGGAGCCUGCCGCUGGCGCUACCGCGUGCGCCGCUGGCACACCCGCGCGCGAGACGACCAUCACUCCAUCACUCGAGGCCGUCCCUCGCCCCGAUCCGGAAACGGAGCCUGCCGCUGGCGCUAGUGCGCGCGCCGCUGGCAUCCCCGCGCGCGAGACGAACAUCACUCCAUCACCUCGCCCGGCUCCGGAACUGGAGCCUGCCGCUGGCGCUACUGCGCGCGCCGCUGGCACACCCGCGCGCGAGACGACCAUCACUCCAUCACUCGAGGCCGUUCCUCGCCCGGCUCCGGAGCCUGCCGCUGGCGCUACCGCGCGCGCCGCUGGCACACCCGCGCGCGAGACGACCAUCACUCCAUCACUCGAGGCCGUCCCUCGCCCCGCUCCGGAACCUGCCGCUGGCGCUACCGCGCGCGCCGGUGGCACCCCCGCCCGCACCGCUGGCACCACCGCCACCGCGCGCGCCGCUGGCACACCCGCGCGCGAGACGACCAUCACUCCAUCACCCGAGGCCGUCCCUCGCCCGGCUGCGCGCGCCGCUGGUACCCCCGCGCGCGAGACGACCAUCACUCCAUCACUCGAGGCCGCCCCUCGCCCGGCUCCGGUGCCGGGGUUUGCCGCUGGCGCUACGGCCCGCGCAGCUCCGGAGCUAGACGCCACAGAGGCUGCCGGCGCUACCACUUUCCUUUGCGUUGCUGCCGCUGGGAUGGUGUACCUGUUGUCUGGAUCCCUCAGCAGGGGCAAGAUUGCUGUGUGCCAAAAUCUGAGGGCAUCUUGCACAAUUGGGUCGAUGAAGGAAGGAUCGUAGUAGUCUUCGAUGGCAGUCACCUUUCCAUUAGCCUCAAACUCUGGGUCUGCAACGCACAGAAUGCCCUUCCCGGUGUUCAUGACCUUCAUCUGCAGCUGCAGUUGUGCCCGGAGUCCGGACCUUGGGUCUUAUGGUCAUGUUCUCGUCAUGGUAGAGAGCCACUGUCCUCUGUGAUGAUGGACACUUCACCUCCAGCACAACCUGCUCACCGUCCACACUGCAUACACCGUCGGGGCUUGCUGCCAAAACAGGGAGCUCAGCAUCCACGGUGAUACCACAUGGCAUGAUUUUACUUUUGAGGAUCUUCUCCAUGACGGACCGAACCUCUGCUUCUAAUGCCACUCCUCUCUGCAUCUGCUCAGAAGCUUUGAAGACUGUACCUCCCAUUAUGUUUUCAACCAAAGUGCCAUCACUCUUCUUGCAGACUGCUGCUGCAUAUAAACGUGAAGCAGUUAUACGGCCAGCCCGAACAUGAUGCCACAAAGCAUCAUCUGCUUGAUGACGGGUUUCUUUCUCCAGCGCUGUGA